UUCAGGCCUUGGCCGACGCUACGAAACGACGUCAUCGCCACUAGUAUUCGAUGUUGAUCGAAUGAUCGAUUCUCACUCUCGCAAUGCCUCGGAAGCGGUUUCAGGAGCCACAACCCAAAACAGGUGUACAACAUGCCCAGGAUUUCCUGAGGAAAAUUGGGUUGGGGAAGGAGAACUACUACUUCUGGAAGCAGAUUGGAAAGGCUUUGGUAUGCACGUACGCAGUGAUGGGGGCAGUGUGGUGGUACAACGAGACAUCGCCACUGGGUUGGUGGACACUGAAGCCAAAGCCAAAGGAAGAGAAGGAGCUUGCUCAUUUGUACGAGCGGAGGAUGUUUCCUUACCCGGGUGAUGAAGAGGCAAUGCAGGAGUUCAUUGCCAAGGGUGGAAUGAUUGGGACAAGCAUUGGUCCCAAAGGAGCUGCUGAGGAUGAUAUGGAUGAGAGUGACUACAAGAAGGAGAUGAAGGACAAGAAGUUUGAACAGGAGGCUCAGAAACUUUGGAUCAGGAUGAGGAAUGAGGUCAUUGCUGAGUUCAAGGAGAAGGGCUUUGAUGUGGAAUGAAUGACUGAAGUGAGUGCUCAAAACUAUUGGUGGUAGUAAAUAUUUAGUUUGUUUGGAUAUUGUAAUUUCAAUAAAUGUGUCAUAGGGAAAAGACUAAUCACUCUAUUUGUUGUUCUUUGUUGAUGGAUAUGUAUAUGUGAACCUGACCAGUGUCACAGCAAUUUCACUUAUUGAACUGGGCUUUCCUCUGUUUUCCUUAUU